AUGACGCGUUCUACAUACAAAUUUGGAACUCCUUGGUCAACGGUAAAAGCUGUUACUUUUCAACGUCCACGAAGACUUUUUCAAAAUUCCGGAGCAAGCCGACGUGGAAGCGUGGUCGGUAAUGUACUUUCUCACAUCAUGACAAAGACGAGUAUAACGAGUAGAAACAGUAGGAUAGAGUUUCCCUUCACCGUAACGGAUCAAGAAAACCUGAGAAUAGCCGUUCAAGAGCUGUCAAAUCAAAAAGCAACCUCUCAAAUACCCACAACCGCCACAACUGAAAGUACAAUCACCGUGACCUCUAAUAGUUCAAAUAGCCUAACUCAACUUCGAAAAAAAGGAAGCAAAAAAUUUGUUUUAAGUUUUAGUAACAUAAGUAAUAGCACAAAGAAUUCCACCUCUAGCACACCAAAGAAGUCAAAAUCAAGUUCACCGGCUGCAUUCAUAGUAACCAUUGAAGAUAAAAAUCAAAUUUUGAGCAUCACUAGAACAAUUACGGAAUUUAUCGAAUUCGAUCAAAAGCUACGACAAGAAUUCCCAAAGCCACGCCCGACUUUGCCUUCGUUAGAUGAUCGUCGAAGAGCUUUCCUAUUACCGAAGCAUUUCUUUUUCCGUAAAUCUACCGCGGAAAAACUCGAAAGUUAUUUGAGGAAAGUAUUAACCGACAUCAACUUGAAACAUUCCGUCGUGCUUAAAGAUUUCCUCAGCGUCAAGAAUGAUAAGGAUAGUAUAAAAUGGAAAGAUCCGGCGAGAUCCGAAAAUUUAUCGUCACAAUUGCGCCGAUCAAGGGCCUUGCGGACAUCAUAUUAUAAAUCGAAUAUUGAUGAUUACGAUUUAAUAAAAGUUCUCGGCAAAGGGUGCAUGGGAAAGGUAUUUCUAUCCCGUGAGAAGCAUGUUAACAAAUUAUUUGCGCUAAAGGCAAUAUCCAAGGAAUGGGUUGUAUUUCGGCAAGAAGUCGAGCAUACAAAGACGGAAAGAGACAUCCUUGCUUCGAUUGCAACAAUUUCUCAUCCAUUCCUGAUUAGUUUACGCGAAUCAUUUCAAGACUCCAACCAGCUUUUCCUUGUGUUGGAUUAUUAUCCUGGAGGUGACAUUGCGACUCAGCUUGCCAAAUGGCACAAAUUUGAUGACGCAAGAUGCCUGUUCUAUGCGGCGGAAAUUGUUUUAGGGAUAGAAGAAUUACAUCGUUUGGGCAUAGUAUAUCGUGACCUAAAACCGGAAAACAUUCUUAUCGGUCGGGAUGGACAUAUAGUACUCACCGAUUUUGGCUUAUCAAAACAAUUCGAACCAAACUGGCAAAAAACAAAAACAUUCUGCGGAACGGCUGAAUAUUUGGCCCCGGAAAUAAUACGAGCCGAAGAAUACAGCUACCCAGUUGAUUGGUGGAGUCUCGGAACUUUACUUUACGAAAUGAUGACCGGGAUCACACCAUUCUGGGCCGAAGAUCAGAACAGGAUGUAUCAACGCGUCUUAGAAGAUGAGCUUAUAUUUCCUGACGACAUGACAUUCGAGUCCAUCGACAUCUUGCGUGGCUUAUUACAACGCAAUCCAAUGAACCGCCUUGGAUGCGGACCUGUCGGCUCCAUGGAAAUCAAAACCCAUUCAUAUUUUAAUUUCGUUAAUUGGGAUGAUGUUUAUCAUAAGCGUAUCCGUGCUCCUUACAUCCCAACAAUUGAACACGAGACAGACCUUCAAAAUUUUGAUGAUACGUUCGUUAGCAUGUCACCCAAAUUGUCAAUACCAAAUCAAGAUACGAUGGAUGAUAGCUUACAGCAAUGCUUUGCUGGAUAUUCCUUCUCGGAUAGAUUACCUCAAAGAUCGCCAUCAUCAUUAUGUUUUAAAUCAGAGGCAAGCAGAAAAAGCAUUACUAGUUCACUUGCUGCCAUACCUUCACACGGAAGUCGUUCUUCGAUGACAUUACCGGGUGGUUACGAUUAUUAUGACAAGCAACGUGAAUGGGAUUAUGAAUAUGAUGGAAAAACCACCGCAUCGGAUGAUAUAAGCGAGUACGAAUUAGAUCAACAUAGUCAUUACUCUAAACGUCGCACCAUCAUCUUAGGGGACAACAACAUGAAGUAUCGAAAUCCUCUUUAUCUCAAUCCCAGAUAUUCCCAAUUCAUGGAAGAUGCUUCAUACGGUGGAAAUAGUACCGUAUCUACCUCAUCUUCAUCGACAAAGUUGGAUCGUAGAGGAAAUCUUGCAUGCGUGUUCCCCCAUUAUCAAUAA